GCGGGCUCUCCCGAUGCAAAUAGUGGGGUGGAUGUGUCUAUUUAAAAUGGCCUGGCUGUCUGAGAUUUGACAGCUGGCCAUUCCAAGGUCUGAUCAUUGGACCUCGAGGCCUGAACAUGCAUGUCCUCAUCACCGGUGCUGCCGGUUUUAUCGGCCAGCUUCUCGCAAAAGAAUUACUUAAUGACGCCUCCUACAAGGUCAUUCUCACAGAUCUAGUCGACCCUCCCAUUCCUACUGGCGUCAAAUACCCUGGAAAUGCGAAAGCCGUCACUGCAGAUCUCGUUGAGGGCGGUUUGGAAGCUCUGGUUGAUUCCACACUAGACGCCGUCUAUGCCUUUCACGGAGUCAUGUCUUCGGGCUCAGAAGCAAAUUUUGAGCUUGGCAUGAGGGUAAAUGUCGAUGCAACUCGUGCUUUGCUCGAGACGCUACGCAAGAAGUGCCCUGGCGUACGCGUCAUUUACUCCUCCAGUCAAGCUGUAUAUGGCCAGCCAUUGCCCAAACUUGUAACCGAUGAUGUUAUACCCACGCCCGAGUCGUCUUACGGCGCCGAGAAAUUUAUUUGCGAGGCAUUGAUCAAUGAUUAUACACGCAGAGGAUUUAUCACGGGAUUUACAUUAAGGUUUCCUACGAUUUCUGUGCGUCCUGGGAAACCUACUGCAGCUGCCUCUUCAUUCCUGUCUGGCAUGAUACGAGAGCCUCUCAACGGGCAAGAAGCAUUAAUUCCUCUCGAGGAUCGAUCAUUCAAGUCAUGGCUUUGCUCGCCGCGAACGCUAUUACACAACCUGAUUGUCACGCUUUCCUUGCCGGCAGACUCCCUUCCGUUGCAUAUUCGUCAAAUCAACAUUCCGGGGAUCUGUGUGACGAUUCAGGAAAUGAUGGACGCAUUAGAGAAAGUAGGAGGUAAGGACAAACUCGCAUUGCUCAAGGAACAGGAAGAUCCAGUUGUGAAAAAAAUUGUGCACUCGUGGCCUACAAGAUUUGACAAUAGUCAGGCUAUUAGGUUGGGCUUCAAGAGGGACGAAUCUUUUGAGCAAGCAGUUAGGGAUUUUAAGGAUAGUUUGGACAAUAAUGAUACCUAGUCUUAUAUAAACUACAGAUUCCUAUUGUAAUUCUCGUUCAAGAUCCCUAAGGGUUGCUGUAGCAAUUUUAUCCAACGUCAAAAUAAUUGGUUUAAU